AUUUCGAUUUGAUCAAAUUGGUGAAGAUGUGAUUAUUUUCUUGAGUUUUUUCGUGUAAAUUCAGACAAUUCUAGUGAAAACUAAGUUAAUAUUUGUGUAUUAGUCUAUAACGAUGACGGUGCAAUAAAAAAUCAGAUCGAUCAAUCAAUCAGAGUUGUAAGAUAGUGAGAGAGGGAAAAGAAAGUGAACAAAAAAAAAUAUUGAAAGACUUUCGUAGCUAAUCGAAGAUCUUCACAGAAAAAGAUCCAAAAAUAGAAAAAAAAAUUGUGGUAAAAAUUCAACAAAAAGGACAAAAAGUUACAUUAACCAGUCAUCGACAAAACAAUACGAGUAUUGAAACGUUAAUCAACAGAAAAUGGCCAAGCUGCUAACGCCUGGUCAUCCGAAACGAGUGUCUCGGAAGGCGGCAGCAACAGCCGAGACAAAAACACCAACAACAACAUCAAUUCCAUUUUGUACAUUCCUCCUUAUUUUUAUCAUUUUAACUGUUCAACAGCAAUUUGUUGCUGCAGAAAAGCCGCCAGAGAUUAUCGCACGUCCAUUCAACCAGUUUGCUCGCGUGAAUAAUGUCGCGACAUUUUACUGCGAAGCCAAAGGUGACCCGCAACCCACAAUCACCUGGCGCAAAAACGGAAAACGCAUCAGUCCAACGCAAUCACGUUACACCAUCACGGAUCUAAAUGGCGCCUCGAUGCUCCGCAUUGAGCCCCUUCGCUCGGGACGGGAUGAGGCCCCGUACGAAUGCGCCGCUGAAAAUAACGUCGGAUCGGACAAGGCGGAGGCACUGCUUGCCGUGUACGAAGCUGAUAAAACUCCUCCGGGUUUCCCGAAUAUUGUGCAAGGGCCCCAAACACGAGUCAUCGAAAUCGGACAUACGGCUGUGCUGCAAUGUAAAGCUACGGGUAAUCCGAUUCCCAAAAUUCAUUGGUACAGAGAUCAAAAGCGACUGGACAUGAAUGAUCCCCGGUAUACAUUACAAGAUGGCAAUCUACAAAUCUCCAACAGUCAAGAAGACGACAAAGGCAAGUAUGAAUGCGUUGCGGAGAACGCCGUUGGCACGGAACACUCGAAAGCCAUCGAUUUGUAUGUGAAGAAGCGUCGAGUCCCGCCACAAUUUUCGCGUCCUCCAGAGCCGAUCAACGAAGUGAUGCUUGGGGCGAAUUUGACGUUGACUUGCGUGGCGGUCGGCUCCCCGAUGCCGUACGUGAAAUGGCGCAAGGGAGUUGACGAGGACUUGACGCGCGAAGAUGAGCUGCCCGUUGGUCGAAAUGUCCUGGAAUUGACGAAUAUUCAAGCAAGUGCGAAUUAUACGUGUGUGGCGGCAUCGACGUUGGGAGUGAUUGAGGCGAAUGCACUCGUUAAAGUGCAAUCUCUCCCAGCUGCCCCCACAGACCUCACAAUAUCCGAGGUCUCCGCCACAUCCGUACGCCUCGAAUGGAGCUACAAAGGUCCCGAAGACUUGCAAUACUACGUCAUCCAGUACAAGCCGAAGAACGCGAAUCAGGCAUUCAGCGAAAUCAGUGGCAUCAUCACGAUGUUUUACGUUGUGCGGUCUCUCAGUCCCUACACGGAAUACGAAUUCUACGUGAUUGCUGUCAACAACAUUGGACGUGGACCACCGUCAUCGGCAGCAUCGACAACAACCGGUGAAACGGCGAUGGAAAGUGCACCGCGAAACAUUCAAGUAAGGCCAUUGAGCUCGUCUACGAUGGUUGUCACGUGGGAACCUCCAGAGACUCCAAAUGGACAAAUAACGGGUUACAAAGUCUUUUACACGACAGAUCCGGCCCAACCUGAAGCUUCUUGGGAGUCGCAGAUGGUAGAUAAUAGUGAGCUAACAACUAUUUCUGAGCUAACCCCUCAUAAAAUCUACACGAUAAAAAUCCAGGCAAUCUCCUCCCAAGGCACAGGACCUCUAAGUAGUCCGAUUCAGGUGAAGACGCAACAAGGUGUUCCCUCACAACCGCAAAAUUUGCGAGCGAUAGACGUAGGCGAGACAUCUGUCACGCUGCAAUGGCUCAAACCCACUCAUUCCGGCGAGAAUAUCGUUCACUACGAGUUAUAUUGGAAUGAUACGUACGCAAAUGAGCAACAUCAUCAACGCAUUCCAAACAGUGAACAACACACGUUGAGUGGCUUGUAUCCCGAUACAUUGUAUUAUAUUUGGUUGGCAGCACGUUCUCAAAACACACAAGGUGCUACAACGCCCCCAAUUCCAGUCCGAACAAAACAAUACGUACCUGGAGCCCCUCCAAGAAAUAUUAGCGCAGAAAGUACGAGUCCGACGACAAUUUUGGUGUCGUGGCUUCCCCCAGAAGCAGAAAGAUCAAACGGGCGAAUUGUCUACUACAAGGUGUUCAUUGUUGAAGUGGGUCGUUCUGACAGUGAAGCCACUGUUACGACAGUGAAUACCACCCAAUUGGUAUUGGACGAGCUUAAACGAUGGACUGAGUAUAAAAUUUGGGUGUUAGCUGGCACAUCGGUAGGUGACGGUCCAAAAUCAUUUCCCGUCAAAAUUAGAACGUUGGAAGAUGUGCCUGGGCAAUGCCAAGAUGUAAAGGCAGCUGCGAUAAAUUCCACGGCAGCUCAUGUCUCGUGGAAGCCCCCAUUGGAGAAGGAACGCAAUGGCAUGAUUCGCGGUUAUCACAUUCACGUGCAGGAAGUUAGAGAUGAUCAGAGUCGCGCUCCAUUGUCUGACGCCAUGAAAUUCGACGUUGUCGACGGUCUCGAAUUCAAUGUCACCACUCUUCAACCCGACACGAAAUACUCCAUCCAAGUAGCUGCCUUGACACGCAAAGGCGACGGCGAUCGUACAGAUCCCGUAAUCAUCAAAACUCCGGGUGGCGUGCCAAUCCGUCCCGUCGUAAAUUUAAAAAUGAACCAACAAGAGCCCCGCGUUGUCGUUGAACUCGAAUGGGAAAAACCAAGCAAAACCUACGGCGAAUUACGUGGCUACCGCUUACGUUACGGACCCCGUGAAAACGCCUUGGUCGAAGAAAUGUUGCCAGGUCACACUACUUCGCGCCAAUUUAAUGACUUGGAACGCGGUGUGCAAUACGAAUUCCGCAUUGCGGGUGUUAAUCAAGUCGGCAUCGGACAAGAAAGUGUCAAAUAUUUCACGACACCCGAAGGUGUUCCCAGUGGCCCGCCAUUUAACAUCAGUAUUCGCUUCCAAACGCCCGAUGUGUUGUGCAUCACGUGGGAACCGCCACCGCGCGAACAACGAAACGGACAAAUUAUCCGGUACGACGUGCAAUUUCACAAGAAAAUCGAUCACGGGCUCGGCACGGAACGCAAUACAACCGCUACGAAGGCUGUUUUUACGAAUUUAGAAGAAGCUACGGAAUAUGUCGUGCGAAUUCGAGCGUACACGAAACAAGGCUCUGGUCCGUUUACAGAGAAAAAAAUAAUUACGACGGAAAAGGAUAUGGGAAGAGCUCCAAUGAGUGUGCAAGCUCUUGCUACGUCGGAACAAACGGUUGAGGUUUGGUGGGAACCUGUGCCCUCGAGAAACAACAAAUUAAUUGGCUACAAAAUUUUCUACACGAUGACAGCUAUUGAGGAUUUGGAUGAAUGGCAGACGAAAAUUGUUGGUCUCACUGAAUCUGUGGAUUUAAUAAAUUUAGAAAAAUUCGCUGAAUACGCGGUUGCCAUUGCAGCACGUUUCCGCGACGGUUUAGGACGUUUGAGUGAAAAAAUUACUGUUCGCGUGAAGCCUGAAGAUGUCCCGCUGAGUUUGAGAGCUUAUGAUGUCAGUACUCAUUCCAUGACUCUCACAUGGUCUCCGCCAAUCCGCUUGAAUCCCAUCAAUUAUCGCAUUAGUUUCGACGCUGUGAAAGAAUUUGUCGAUUCGCAAGGCAUCACACAAACCCAAAUCAUCCCGAAACGCGAAAUUAUCUUGAAACAUCACAUCAGAUCGCACACAAUCAACGAAUUGUCUCCGUUUACGACGUAUUUUGUCAAUGUGAGUGCCGUGCCGAACGAUUAUUCGUACCGCCCACCGACGAAAAUUACCGUUACAACGCAAAUGGCGGCGCCGCAACCGAUGGUAAAGCCCGAUUUUUACGGCGUCGUUAACGGCGAAGAGAUUCAAGUCAUCUUACCUCAAGCUUCGGAGGAAUAUGGACCCAUUUCGCAUUAUUAUUUGAUCGUAGUACCCGAAGAUAAGUCAAAUUCGCACAAACAACCCGAUCAAUUUUUAACGGAGGAAAUGUUGCCGGGACAUUUGGGAUAUCGCGUCGAACGAGUAAAUGCCCCAUAUAUCGCCGAUAUUUUCUUGCAACGAAAUAUCCCGUAUACCUAUCAUUUGGGCUCGGGCGAGACGCAUCACAAUUUUACCAACAAAAAACUCGAACGCGGCAAACGUUAUCGGAUUUUCGUACGAGCUGUAGUUGAUACGCCACAAAAACAUUUGUACACGUCAAGCCCGUUUUCGGAAUUUUUGGCUUUAGACAUGCGUGAAGCUCCUCCCGGUGAGCCGCCAAAUCGCCCAGAUCCAAGUAAUAAUGGAUAUGACCCGGAUGUGACUUUUAUCGAUCGCAAAGACCCGCCGGAGAUGAUUUGGAUUUUUGGUCCUUUAGUGGCGGCGGCAAUUUUGUGUAUUUUCCUCGUUGCGAUUUAUAUUCUGCGAAAAAAACGUCAACCUUGCAAGAGUUCCGACCCAGGAGUAACGAGACCUUUGAUGUCAGCUGAUAUCGCUGCAAGUACCGCCCCAACAGAUCCCGUCGAUAUGCGUCGUUUGAAUUUCCAGACACCCGGCAUGAUAAGUCAUCCCCCGAUUCCGAUCUCUGAACUGGCAAAUCACAUCGAACGCUUGAAAGCCAACGAUAAUCUCAAGUUUUCGCAAGAAUACGAAAGUAUCGAGCCUGGGCAGCAGUUUACGUGGGAUCAUUCAGACAUGGAAGUGAAUAAACCGAAAAAUCGGUAUGCCAAUGUGACAGCUUACGAUCAUUCGCGAGUCAUUUUGCAGAUUGAGAAUGGGGUACAGGGCUCGGAUUACAUCAAUGCCAAUUACUGCGAUGGGUAUCGGAAGCAUAAUGCGUAUAUUGCGACGCAAGGACCGCUUCAGGAGACAUGUGCCGACUUUUGGCGCAUGUGUUGGGAACAAAAAACCGCCACAAUUGUCAUGAUGACGCGUUUGGAGGAACGUGCUCGUAUCAAAUGUGAUCAAUAUUGGCCAACACGCGGCACCGAAGUUUACGGCAACAUGACAGUUACCAUCACAGAAACGCAGGAACUUGCAACUUACGCCAUCAGGACUUUCCAACUGUGUCGCAACAAUUCGGCAGAACGUCGUGAAAUCAAGCAACUUCAAUUCACGGCAUGGCCUGAUCACGGAGUUCCCGAAUUUCCGGCUCCUUUCUUGCAAUUCUUGAAACGCACAAAGAGUCUAAAUCCCAUGGAUGCUGGUCCAAUUAUCGUUCAUUGCUCUGCCGGGGUUGGGCGUACGGGAUGCUACAUCGUCAUUGAUUCCAUGCUGGAACGCAUGAAACACGAAAAAAUGGUCGAUAUCUAUGGGCAUGUCACCUGCCUACGAGCACAACGAAACUACAUGGUACAAACGGAAGAUCAGUACAUUUUCAUUCAUGAUGCGCUCUUGGAGGCCGUCAUUUGCGGCAAUACAGAAGUGCCGGCACGCAACUUGCACAAUCACAUCCAGAAACUCAUGCAGAUCGAGAUGGGCGAAAAUAUCACGGGCAUGGAGACGGAAUUCAAAAAGUUGUCAAACAUCAAGGCAGACUCGACGCGUUUCGUUACCGCCAAUUUACCAUGCAACAAACACAAAAAUCGUCUCGUGCACAUUUUGCCGUACGAAUCGAGUCGUGUUUGUUUGACGCCGAUCCGUGGCAUCGAGGGCAGCGAUUACAUCAAUGCCAGUUUCGUGGAUGGGUAUCGUUACAGAUUUGCUUAUAUUGCGGCGCAGGCUCCGUUGCAAGACACCGCGGAAGAUUUCUGGCGCAUGUUGUGGGAACACAACUCGACGAUUGUCGUGAUGUUGACGAAACUCAAGGAAAUGGGACGCGAAAAAUGCUUCCAGUAUUGGCCGUCGGAGAGAUCGGUGCGUUAUCAGUAUUACGUUGUGGAUCCGAUCGCGGAAUAUAACAUGCCGCAAUACAAGUUGCGCGAAUUUAAGGUAACCGAUGCACGUGAUGGAUCGUCACGAACAGUGCGGCAAUUCCAGUUUGUUGAUUGGCCUGAACAGGGAGUCCCGAAAUCUGGCGAAGGAUUUAUCGAUUUCAUUGGGCAAGUGCACAAAACGAAGGAACAAUUCGGACAAGAUGGGCCUAUUACAGUCCAUUGCAGUGCCGGAGUCGGCAGAACUGGCGUCUUCAUUACGCUCAGCAUCGUACUCGAACGCAUGCAGUACGAGGGUGUCCUGGAUGUCUUCCAAACGGUGCGCAUUUUGCGCGCACAACGUCCCGCAAUGGUCCAAACAGAGGACCAAUAUCAAUUCUGUUAUCGUGCAGCUCUCGAGUAUCUGGGUUCAUUUGAUCACUACGCCAAUUAAAACUCAUGCAUAUCGCUAAGUCCCCUCUAAGCACAUGUAAAUAAUGGAUGUGACACACGAAAAGCUUAAAAUAUAAUGUUAAAAAUGACCACCCAGCUUGAAAAAAAAAAUCACCUGUAUUUGUAUGAAGUACAUGACAAAAAGCUUUAUCGAAUUUUUUAACUCACAAACAAAUAAUAAUCGUGUGGUUGUGACAACACCAAGUAAUUAAAAAAAAAAUAAUUAAUUAUCAUCCUCAGAGAAAUAAUUUUGAACUUAAAAGAAAAUUAAGUACAUCGAAUCCCAUCCAAUAAUUUUUAAAUUAUUUUUUUGAUUAAAUUGCAACUUGAUUACUUAUAAAAAACGACAAGGGCUUGCUGGACAAGACUUUACCUGAUAAAAAUAUAAAAAUUAAAAGGAAAUGUAUACUAGAAAGAAACAAAAAUCACCAAAACGGAGACUUAAUUUAAAAUACUUUCUUUGCCCAGCUUUCGCUCUUGACAAAAUUUGAUGUUCCUCGCGCUAAAUUUAGUUGCCACACACCUUUUAGACAAAGACAAAAUUUAAACAAACCAGAAAUGUUCGUAAAAUGUGUCUAUGUUAACACACUGCUGAUACCUAAAAAAAAAUAAAAUAAAAAGUAUAUGUCAUGAAAUUGCUAUAAAAUGCUGAUAGAACCCACGAGACAAAAGAAAACUAGAAAUAUUUAAAAAAAAAUGACUUGAAAAAACUAAAUAAUGUGAAACAAUCAUUGAACGAUGCAUUAUUUUCUAGCUAAUAUUAAAAUAUAUAGAUUAAAAAUAAAUAAAUAAAUAAUAAAAAUAGAAAGAAAUUUAUAGGGUUAAAAAAAAUUAACAAAUAUUCAAGUUUUGACAGUUAAAAAAAUUAAUAAUAAUGAAAAAUUAAAAAAAAGACACCAUUUCCCAAUUUUUGACUUGGAACAAAAAAAAUCCAAAUAGAAAAAAUGCAUUUAAUAUCAAAAAAAUCAUCACCAUCAUCACGAAUUUUUAGUUGAAUUCCAUCCAUUAACAUCACAAUCAUCAUAGCAAACUAAAAAUCUUCGAAUCUCAUGACUUGACUUCGAAACAUAUGCAGGAUGUGCUUUUUAUUGAGCACAAAACAACCUUUUUCAAUUACUCUUUCCCCUAAAAAGAAGAAAAAGAAAAGUAAUAUCAAAAGUGUAUCAGAACAAAAAAAUAUUUAAAAAAAAAAUGUAUCAAUUACUUAGAACUUUAGCGAAUUAGUUUGUGUAGUGAUUUAAUUUUAGGACAUAAAUAAAAAAAAACUGUAGCUUUUUUUAUUCAAACAAAAAAAAAUAAUAUCAAGAAUUAAAUUGUAAGAAAAAAAAAGGUUUAGAGUAUGGCAAUUAUUAAUUAUAAUUAAUUAACUAACAUGAAUAUCUCGAAAUAACGUAAAAAAUACUCUAAUUCUCUGGCUUAUUCUUCGUUCUCGUUAGCUAAUUACAAAAAAAAAAAAAAAUAAUAUAAACAAUAGAAAGUCCGUUAAAUUCUCGCGUGAAGUAAUUCAUUGGAGAACUGGACAAAGAACAACAAAAAUCCACCAUAUCAUAGAAAAUAAAAUGCUUGCCUUUUUGUAUUAAAAAAAAAAAAAGCUUCGUUCAUUCCCCAACUGUUUAAUUUUAAGCUUAGCGAGAAAGAAGUAAAUUUAAGACUGUGGAUGUUAAUUAAGUUUUAAUGCUUGCCUCACCUUACAAUAUAUAAUUACGCCCCGAGUCCUUGCCUUUUUAUUAUUAUUAAAUAAUUAAUUUUAAUUCCUUUGUUACAAUUUUAACGUUAAUUCAUAAAUAAAUAGUUCAGAAGCACAAAUCCUAAAAUAAAAAAAAAAUAAUUUUAAACUAACAAAGUUACUUUUACGCACAACUCUGUUUUUAGUUAGUAACGGUGAUAUUUUAUUAAUGAAACUGCUUUGCCAUACAAAAUAAAAAAAAAGUAUUUUACUCGCAUUCCGCUGAAACUAAAGCAUCACCAGAAAAAAAUGCAGCUUUUUGCUCUUUACUGCCAUUUCGAUCUCUAAUUAACUAUUUUUCCAUUUUUUAAUGUUCUUUUACUAUAGAUUUUUUAAUUAAUUUUAUUAA